AUGAAUGGAGGAAAUGGUGGUAACGGCCAAGACGAGCCGUCUUUAGACAACCCAGGGGAAGCUGCGAACGCCAAUCCAUUCAGUAACAUAGGUACGCCAUCCUUCAACUUAUCGCAGAUACCGCGGAAUGUGCUACAAAAUCUAACCCCAGCACAAGUCCAAAUGAUUCAGCAAAGACACAGGCAGUUACUGAUGAAUCGAUUCCAGCAACAGCAAGUGCAAAAUAGACAGCAAUCGCUCAAUUCACACGGCCAUCAACAACUACAGCAGACCCAGGCCCAGGCAAGGGCCCAAGCACAAGCGAGAGCUCAAGCACAGGCAAGAGCAAUGGCACAAGCACAAGCCCAAGCUCAGGCAAAUCGCCAAUCGGCCCCACAACAACAAAUGCAUAUGGGACAGCAAUCUAUGCAAUCGCCAGGAAUGUCCAUGGGUCAACAAUCGGAUGCAAGAACACCUGGUAUGACACAGGCUGGUAUAGACCAAACAGCCUCUACUGCAAGUGCUCGACAGGCAGGAAUGCAGCCUCAGCAAGUACGCAAUCCAGCGGCUUCUCAAGCGCCUAUCAACUUACCGCCUCAAAUAGCUAGGUUACCUCUGCCGAUGCAGCAGCAAGUCCUCAAUACGUUAAAACAACAGGCAAUAGCGAAGAACAAUCCAGCCGCUGUGGCGGCGAUUACCAUGGCUCAGCAGCAUCUUCAACAGCAAUUACAGCAACAGGAACAGUCCCAGGGCUCUCCAAUACAGCCAGGUGUGGAAUCUCCAAUGAAUAUGCAGGCUCCCCAAUCUCAAAACAUACCUGUUCAGCAUGGUGCGAGCCCUCAGAUCCCAUCACAAUCAAUGCCAAUACCGCCACAACAGUCACAGCAGCAACAGCAACCGAUGAGAGUUCCCAGUAACUUGAUGCAAGUGCCUCGUCCAAAAUUUGACUUGCCAAAGUAUCAGACAAUAAAGUUUGAACCACCAGAGGAUAAAUUGCCAUAUCCAACGUAUUGGUCAGAUCAAAAACCGACAACAGACAUUCUACUUUAUGAGCAAAUUACCCAGCGUGACAAAACCAACAAGUCUGACCUGGCGAAGGAAACAAAUGGGUAUGAACCAUUCAGUAUUUAUGGGUUCAGUAAUAAAGAGUACUUAGGCAAGCUCUGGCACACGCUAAAAUACUACCAAGAACUGAAGGCGACAAGGAUGAAAUCGAUCACAAAUGCUUCACAGAAUAUUCCAUCCGCUAGCAUUUGGGGAAAUGGUUACUCUGGCUACGGUAAUGGUGUAACAAAUUCUGUGAGGCAAGUUAUCGCGGAAUCUCCUAUCGAUGGUCGGAAACACGUUUAUCAAGACAGACUAAAAAUCUACGAGCAAGCAAUGCACGAGGAGAGCGAAGAGUUGGUUCCCAUACGACUUGAAUUCGACUACGAGCGUGAUAAAUUCUUUCUACGAGAUACACUCUUGUGGAAUAAAAACGACUCUAUUUUAAAAAUUGAAGAUUUCGUGGAAGAUAUGAUGAAGGAUUACCGGUAUGCACCUCUAAUAAGGGAUCAAUUUAAUGAAACAAUCUGCCAAUCCAUGAAAGAGCAAAUUUUGGAGUUUCAAUCUAAUCCAUACCUCGAUUUGGAUGAAGAGCGUAGGGGCGGAGAUGAUAUGCGAAUAAUGAUAAAAAUCGAUAUCGUCGUUGGGCAACAUCAGUUACUGGAUAAUUUUGAAUGGGAUAUAUCUAAUCCAGAAAACUGUCCUGAAGAGUUUGCUGAGAGUAUGUGCAGGGAACUGUCAUUACCAGGGGAGUUUGUAACUGCUGUGGCUCAUUCGAUUAGAGAGCAAGUUCACAUGUAUCACAAAACUUUGGCGCUCUUGGGCCACAAUUUCGACGGAUCUGUGGUAGACGAUGACGAAGUCCGGAGUAGAGUAUUACCGGUAAUAACGGUCGAUGAUGUUUUCAGAGCGCCUUCCGAUGCUAAGAUAUACACACCUAACCUAUUCCAAAUCUCAGCCGCGGAGCUAGAAAGACUAGAUAAGGAUAAGGAUAGAGAUACGAGACGUAAGAGGAGGCAGGGACGAUCGGGCAGGCGCGGCGUCGUUGUUCACAAUGGAAGUACCAGUAAUUUAGCCGGCACUCAGGCUUCCAUCGGAGGCCCUAACGCAAACGCACUUACAGGAGCAAAUGCGGCAGUGGAGGUUUCGGUGCCAGAUAUUGCCGACGUUCCCAGAACCUUCCGCACACCUAUUCCAAGCACCAUACUCCCUGGCGGUAUAGAUUUGGGACCACCGGUUGGAUCCUACGAGCUAAGAACUACAACAGAACAUAAAAUCAGACCAGCGCUACCAAUUGGCAAUCAAGCACCCUGUCAGGUUAUUGAUCACAUACCUGGCAGCUCUUUACUCAUAUGCAUAAAACUCAAGCCGAAGGAAAAGGGCAGGAUGAGCAAGAGGUGA